AUGAAGGCCCUUGACUGGAGUAGCUACAAACUACCGGUGUUUCAUAAUUUGACUUGUUUGGAGCUCGGUGCUGGUUGUCCUGGAUGGCUGUUGCUGCCAAAGUUACUGGAAAGCUCACCACAACUGAGAACUCUAGUUUUUAAGGAGGGGCUUUGGCUUGCUGACGAUGAACAUUACUGGGAUCAUUGUGGGCCUGUGCCUACUUGUUUGUUGUUUAACCUCAAGGUAAUUGACAUAGGAGCAUUCAAAGGGAAAAAGGGUGAGCUAAAGAUUGUCAAGUACUUUCUGAAGAAUGCAGAAGUUUUGGAGACACUAAAUGUCAGUCCCCUAAUGCCUGAGGCAGAAGAGUUGAAGAUUACCAAGUUGUUAUUGAAAAUACCAAGGGGCUCAAGCAGUUGCAAAGUUGUUUCUUGA